CCAAAAUGGCGGAACACACCGGUCAAUACGACGCUCCGACUCACCCCGGAAAACGGAGCCCAAAUCAGGCUCCAAUGGCCGUCAAGAGCUCCGCUAACCGCCACAAACAGGCCCAGAAAUCCACCAAAAAUCAGGAGCUGGGUAAGGAGGUGGAAAUUGUCACCUACGAUGGGUCUGAGACGCAGAAGUUUACGUCCAUGUCGGGUGCGGUACAGGGCUUACUCACGUUUGUCAUACUGUUCUUGGCUUGCCUCGCUGCGUUCAGCUCCCGUCUGUUUGCAGUGAUCCGAUUCGAGAGCAUCAUUCACGAGUUUGAUCCAUGGUUCAACUAUCGCUCAACUCAUCACCUUGUAUCCCAUGGGUUCUACAACUUCCUCAACUGGUUUGACGAGAGGGCGUGGUACCCUCUGGGGCGAAUCGUCGGGGGCACAGUGUACCCCGGGCUGAUGGUAACCUCCGGAGCUAUCCACUGGUUUCUUCAUUUACUCAACAUCCCGGUCCACAUACGAGAUAUAUGCGUAUUUUUAGCUCCGGCAUUCAGUGGGUUAACUGCACUGGCUGCCUAUGGCCUUACCAAAGAGUUGUGGAGUCCGGGAGCAGGGUUGCUGUCUGCGUGCUUCAUCGCUAUCGUGCCCGGCUACAUUUCUCGCUCAGUUGCUGGUUCCUAUGACAACGAGGGAAUUGCCAUAUUUGCUCUGCUCUUCACUUAUUAUCUGUGGUUGAAAGCUGUCAAGACUGGUUCAGUAUCAUGGGCAGCGGCCACGUCACUGUCAUACUUCUAUAUGGUGUCGGCAUGGGGAGGGUACGUUUUCAUCAUCAAUUUAAUUCCCCUUCAUGUAUGUGUGUUACUGCUGAUGGGCAGAUUCUCCUACAGGAUCUAUGUAGCUUUUACAGUGUUCUACAUCUUAGGGACAGUGUUUUCAAUGCAGGUGCCUUUUGUUGGGUUCCAGCCUGUACGCACCAGUGAGCACAUGGCAGCAGCAGGUACCUUUGCGUUACUCCAGGCUUACGCUUUCCUGAAAUACGUCCAAGAAUUCCUGUCCAAGAAGGAGUUCAGGGCGCUGUUUUUCUUUGGCGUUGUGGGAACUGCUGGCGUUGUGUUCCUAGCGGUCGUUCUUCUUACUUAUGCAGGUUAUAUUGCACCUUGGAGUGGGCGGUUCUAUUCCCUGUACGAUACAGGAUAUGCAAAAAUCCACAUUCCCAUCAUAGCGUCGGUGUCGGAGCACCAGCCGACUACGUGGGUCUCGUUCUUCUUCGACCUCCACAUCUUGGUUUGCUUCUUUCCGGCCGGUCUCUGGUUCGUCAUUAAGGAGAUCAACGAUGAGAGAGUCUUUAUUGUCCUAUACGCCCUGAGCGCGGUCUACUUCGCCGGCGUGAUGGUACGCCUGAUGCUCACCCUCACCCCGGUUGUCUGCAUCCUGGCGGCCAUCUCAAUCUCAAAGACGCUGACGGAGUACCUCGCCGAUGACUCGGAGAGGAAAAAGAAAGAUGAAGAGGAGGCGGAGGAGACUGAGGAGGAUGAGGAGGAGGUGGAUCGGAAGAACAGGAAGCUCUAUGACAAGGCCGGUAAAGUGCGCAAGCCAAAACUGGAUCAAGAUAAAUACAGCACGUUAGGGACCAACCUGAAGGGUUUCGUCAUCAUGGCGAUGUUGAUGAUGCUGAUGAUGUUUGCCGUUCACUGUACAUGGGUGACUAGCAAUGCAUACUCUAGUCCCAGUAUAGUCUUAGCAACAUACAACAACGAUGGUACUCGCAAUAUCUUAGACGACUUUCGGGAAGCGUAUUACUGGUUGCGUCAGAACACCGGAGAUCGCGACCGCGUGAUGUCUUGGUGGGAUUAUGGGUACCAGAUAGCGGGAAUGGCCAACAGGACGACGCUCGUUGAUAACAAUACGUGGAACAAUAGUCAUAUUGCAUUGGUGGGCAAGGCCAUGUCGUCCAAUGAGACGGAGGCUUAUAAGAUCAUGCGUGAAUUGGACGUCAACUAUGUCCUGGUUAUAUUCGGCGGUGUGAUUGGCUACUCAGGUGAUGACAUCAACAAAUUCUUGUGGAUGGUUCGCAUCGCUGAGGGCGAACAUCCCAAGGACAUCAGAGAGUCGGACUAUUUCACUGUGAAUGGAGAAUUCCGUGUGGACAGCUCUGGUUCCCCGACUCUACUCAACUGCCUCAUGUACAAGAUGUGCUACUACCGCUUUGGUGAAAUGCAGCUGGAUUUCAGGAGCCCCCCAGGCUACGACCGGACUCGUAACGCCGAGAUCGGCAACAAAGACAUCUCCUUCCAGCAUUUAGAGGAAGCUUACACUACGGAGCACUGGCUGGUCCGCAUUUACAGGGUCAAACCCUUGGACAACAGAGAGCCCAUACUGAAGACAACCACCAAGAAAUCUAACAAGAAAAAAUUUGCCUCCAAGAAGACAUCCAAAAGAAAGCGUGGGUCCAUCAAGAACAAACCGGUCAUCAAGAAAGGUAAACGCAAGACGCCCACACGCAAGACGUCAACCAAGACGUCAACCAAGAAGCAACGCUCCAACUAAGUAAGCUAUCCCCAGACACUAGGCGUCCCAUCUUUUACAGAAGUGCUGAAAGCACAGACAGAUUCUGCUGGAGCUUGGCUGGUUCCCCAUACCUCUUUUAAUUGCAAAGUUUAUAUAGCUUUUGGCUGGUAGUCUGUUUGAAAAUGAACGAGUGUAAAGAAUGUUUUCUCAGCUUUUUGUAUCUGAUUCAGAGCUUGUCUUUACUUUGACGACGGUUGUCUUUGCAGAUAAGCUUGCCCUUUCAUUGUUUGAAUGUUUCUGAAUGAUAGAUCAUAUGACCGUGUUUACGGCAAGUGACCCUUUGCUCUGUACAGUGAACUUUUGUACAUUUCGGGGCAUUUACUGGCAGGCAAGAUACUACAACGGUCAUAAGAAUGUAGAAACAACAGCUGAACAAGCUUUGAGAUUGUUACAUUUCCAGAUGAUUAUUUUUUUUUUUUUUAAUUGAGCUGUGAACAAAUCGUGCCUGCAGAAAGUCCAGCAGGUGAUUUCAUGAAAUGCUAGGACUAAUCCUAUCUCUCGUCCUAACAUCUAUGAAUAUGGAGCUUAACUCGUCCUAAGUCCUAAGAUUAACCCUAAGUUAAGGAAGAGUUUGGUGAAAUCGAAGGCUGGCUCUAUGGCUUGUUUAUAAACAUUUAAACAGGUUAUAUGGUUAAUGUAUUCUGCAUUGUUCACAAUACAAAAGGACAGUAAGCCCUGUACUGUCCAAUUUUUUUCACCGCACAAUAUUUCUGCCAUCGUUGGCUUUACUUCUUUAUUGAAUCGUGUUUUGUUUCUUUGACACAUACAAACAAUGCAUAGGUUAUUUUUACAGAAAUCUUGCCGGUAAUCAAAAUCCGUUAAGCACCAUUUGUAUUUUUUUUUAAAUAAAUUUUGCUUAAAAUUGCUCCGUAAGAAAUUGCCCCUAAAUCCUUAUUAGUAAUCCACACUUCAGGGGCUUUACCUCGUAAGGCCUUUUCAGGUGUGUGGAAACUUUAAGUUGAUUGAAAAACACAUUUUAGACAGGAAUUGUAAUUAAGUUUACCUGUCCUCCUUUUUUUUAAAUUGUCCAUGUUGAACUUUCGGCCAAAGGUAGGGUCUUCUUUGGUCUCAUUGAGGGCGCUGUUUGAGCUUGUGACAUCGUUUGCAAAGGUUAUUUUUAGUGCGCACAGAAGUACACAUUGAAAUUCAGGCUUUGACAAUAGGUGGUUAGAAAAAUUACAUUAGAAAAACAAAAAAAACUAUUUUGUGUAGCACCGUUGAAGAAGAUGAUGUUUAGAGAAUGAGUAAGCCUACCGUUUUGUUGGUUUGCUUUUUCAUUGUUGGUGAAAAUACCCCGAGUAAUUUUGUAUUCCGCCCAAAUUGCUGACUAAAAAGAACGCAUCCUUUUGAAGGGAAUGGGUCUCAACGAAUUUGUAAGCAUAAGGUGUUCAGGAAAAACUUGCCUGUACACUUUCUGUCUGUAUUUUCGUAGUUGUUUUCAGGGUUUUUUUUGGGGGGG